AUGGAAAGAAAAGCUUUAGCUUUAGCUGAUUCUGGAAUAAUGCCAGUUUCCAAGAACGAAGAGCCUGGAGUUAUUGCCUGGCAGUCUAGUAACUCUUCGUCCCUUCUUCCUUAUAAGAAGAGGUGGUACUCUUUGCUCUAUCCUCAUGCACCAAUCCAUCCUUCAAGAUAUGUUGGCGAUCUAGUGAAACCAGCAUUGGCCGAAAAUUUAGUUGGCCAGGAAGCUAUAGGUACGGCAAAAGUUUCUGUCAAGAAUGAAGUUGUUCCCAAACAAGGGGAAAGCCACAGUAAACUUGAACUUCCGGCUGAUUCAGGGCACAUUGAUAAAGGGAAGCAAGUUGUUGGAGCUAGUGAGCAGGAAUUUCAUUUUCCCAUCUCAUCAAUACAUCCUGCCCUACGACACAAGUCUAGAAAUGUGCUUCGUGUUAGUCUUGGCAGUACUUUACGAGGGUUUGACUCCUCAGUACUGCAGUCAAAGUCAGAACCUGUAGAAGAAGCCUUGGUACAAGCUAAUACUGUUGACCUCAAAGAACUAAAUGUUUGCAGUGAUAAAGUGGAGGCAUCUGUUUCCGCAAGCAUGCAAAUUGAAGAUCACAUGGUAUACAAAAAGACACAAGACACACAUAAUUUGGUUGCAAGUGGUGAGGGGUCAGCAAAUGAUGGGGAAAAGAUAAGUAUAUCAGCUGGUACAGAGGAAGAAUGUAUGAGGUAUGUCAGAGAGGAUGAGGAAUGUGAAGACGGUGAGAUCCGAGAACCAUUGGUGCAGUCAAUUGCAGAAGACCCCAAUGCUAAGGGGAUGGAUUCAGGAAAAAAUAAUGAAUCUUCAAGUAAAAAUGUUCAAAAUGUCGCUGUCUUCAGACCUGUAACGGGUAGUUCACUGCCUUCAAGAAGUGGAAGAGAGAGGUAUUUUUAUACGGAGGAGGAGAAGUUCCAUCUACAAAGGAAUAGAGAUGAAAUCUAUGGUUAUGGUCCCAAAUUUGUGCGAGAUAGGUUUCAGGACCGUCCAUUUGGUAGGUCAAGGGGGAACUUCAUGCGUGGAAGAGGUAGGGGAUGGGGAUGGGGCCGGGGCCAGGGCCGAUAUUCUGGGCGUGAUUUUGAAAGCUAUGAUAAUAGACAUAAACAUACUGCUGCUUUCUGGGAAUCUGCAAAUGAAUGUAAGGACUAUGAUAAUAGACUAGAUGGUGGUGCCAUUGCUAGUAGUAGGAGGAGGGAUCCAUUAAAUGAUCCCUUGCAUUCAUUUCAGCAUCCACCUGCACAUGGACUAUCCCCCAAUGGAAGAGAAGAUGCUGCCAUGAUGGAUAUCAGCCCAAGAAGAUGCCCUGGUGAAGAUGGCUCUGCCUAUGUUGGUGUUCAACAUAGUAGACCUGAUCAUCAUUUCGGUCAGGGUGAUAAUACAAAGUUUACUGCAAUGCAGAGAAGCGGUUUCCCUCGAAUGUGGUCGAAAUCUCCUGUUAGAUCCCGUACUUGGUCCCUUCCUCCGAGGACAUUGACGGAAGGAUUGAAUGGGCGUCAAAAUUUAUCUCAGCACAGGUCUCCUGUUAUGUACAGGGAAGAUAGAAUGAGGUCUUCUUCACAAACUUCUUUUACUGAAGAAGCAAUAGCCCCUCAAAGGCGUGACCGUCCAUCUUAUACUGCUCGUCAGAAUGAUAUGAGGGAUGUUGAUGAUGUAGAAGAGUACGGGCAUCCGAGGUCUCUUUCUAGCAGAGGGAGUCCACCUGAUCAGAAGAGGGCUGAUGGUGAUGGGCAAAUGAGAAAUGUGAAAGAGCAAGAAGGUGGUAAUGUCAGACCGAGGCAUGAAGAAGAAUUUGGUGGCUCCAGAUUGAAGAAAAGAAGAUUUUGA